AUGGACACCAAUUACUUUAACUCGACUUGGACCCAGUCCGCCGACUUUGCUCCCUCCGUUCACGGAUAUACGGAGAGGUCAACUUUUGUCCAUAGCUAUGAACGACCUUAUGCUCUUUCUAGGGAAUUUCCACAUUUCAGCCAAGAUCCACCAAACCCCAGUGCCAACCAAGACGCGAUGCAGCAGGGCUCAGGAUUAUAUGUGCCACUUGCCCCAUCCACGACGGAUAUUUCUACUGGCGGACCUCAUCUUCCAGGGUAUGGCUUCCCGACUCCGGGCAGCCAUGCUCAUACUUCAGACACUAUUGGACUUGCACAUAAUUUAUAUGGCCCAAACGACCUAGACUCGCUCCAUGAGCUGCAGCAGGUCCCCAACAUUCAACAGGUCUUGCCCCUUCCGUACCAUACAUCUUCGCUCUUUGGGCCCCACUAUGCCGUCGACGAAGUAGACUGCGGACUUCCGAGCACGAAAGAUAAUUCUUCGUCCGAACUGGAUCUUCCGCGAGAUUCUUCGGACGAAGCCCUUGAAGAAUUCCUCUUCCCGGAAUUGUGGGCCCAGCUGUCUCAUUACCGCUCUCUCAGUACAGGUCAUUCGUCGUCGACGUUCCCCCGUCCCGUAACAACAUCCGACCCAUUCACCGAGCGUGAUUAUCAGGAUUUCGGGCAGCCGACACCCACUGUGUCGAACUUAGGUGGCGCUCACCAGAUUGGUGGGCACGCAUCCCGAGGAGGUGAGAUCAUGAUUGAAGAGAUUGAUGCAGAGGGAGUAAAGACACGACUAGACGUCGGCGAGAUGUUCACGACGCAAUUUACCCCCUCAUACACCAGCUCUCCGUCCUCCGUUUCGACCUCCCCCUUCUCUCCAUCCACAUCCGCCUCAACCUCGACCUUCACCUCCCCCGAAUCCUCCUCAAACUUCUCUUUCACCCAUACUCCCCAUCAUAUCUCCACCACUCAACGUCCAGACGGAAGAUGGCUCUGCCCCUGCGGCGCAUCAAUCAAACGCGAACUCGACUUUCGUCGCCACGUCCAGACGGUACAUCCCAGCGAGGACAGUAUAGCGGUACCGGGGAUCAUGUGCGGCCACGAAGGUUGCGGGACGACGUUCUCGAGGAGGGAUGCGCUGAAGAGACAUCUGAGGGAGGGGAAGCAUGGGAAGUUGCCGAGGGGGAAGGCGAAGGCGAAGCAGAUGGAGAGGAUGAGGGGUGGGGUUGUUGGGUUCUGA